GUAGACACUGUAGAAGAAUAAAAUUAUGGAAUCUGUUAAACGGUCCAAAGAACGAAUGAAAAAAUUUCCCAUAUUGGUUGCACAAUGUCAUAAACAGGGAUCAGCAUAUGCAGCAUGUGUGAUUAGCAAACGCAAUUUAAAAAAAGAUGAUUGCAUAAAGGAAUUUGAAAGCUUUAGAAAUUGUCUUGCGAAAGCAGCUGUUCAACACAAUACCAAAAUAUAAUAAUACCAAAGUUCAA